UACAGCAGAGGAAGGACAGCAGCGUCUUGUCAGUGUCAUGGAAAAAUGUUCUGAGUGUUUGCAUAGCGUAUCUUAAGAACAAAACAAACAAACAAAAAAACGGAAAAACUACAAAAAACAUCUUUACAGGUGACGCUUGGACAAUGUUUUUGAGUCACUGAUUUUUGGGGGGCAUCUCUCCUUUCUUUGUGUGUCUACUCAUCUUUGAUUCCAGGGACGCAACGCCUCGUCUCCUCUGGCAAUGAAGUUCAACCUUUUCAGGAAGCCGCAGCCGGUGGCCCCUGCCGAGCCCACCGGAGCUACCACCAUCGCCAGUAUGGCCCCCACCCCGGCCGCCAUCUCCACGGUGGCCGAAAACUCUGGCAACAACACGGAGAUCAGCAAGAACGACAUGUUUGAGGAGAUCAAGAGCAAGUUCUUGAAUGAAAUUGACAAAAUCCCACUGCCCCCGUGGGCUUUGAUUGCCAUCGCAGUGGUGGCUGCUCUGCUGGUCCUCACCUGCUGCUUCUGCAUCAUCAAGAAGUGCUGCUGCAAGAAGAAGAAGAACAAGAAAGGAAAGAAGGGCAAGGACGGCUUCAACAUGAAGAACAUGGAGGGUGGUGAGAAACCACAGGAUGAAGACGACGAUGAGGGAGAGACCGGGCUCACGGAAGAGGAGAAGGAGGAAGAGGAGAAGGAACAAGAGAAGCUGGGCAAGCUGCAAUAUUCCAUCGACUAUGACUUUGAGAACACAAAGCUCACUGUCGGGAUCCUUCAAGCAGCAGACCUCAUGUCCAUGGAUUCGGGCGGGACUUCUGAUCCGUACGUUCGAGUUCUGCUCUUCCCCGACAAGAAGAAGAAGUUUGACACCAAAGUCCACAAGAAAACGCUCAACCCCGUCUUUAAUGAGACCUUUGUCUUCAAGGUGCCCUACGAAGAGCUCGGUGGCAAAACUUUGGUGAUGUCCGUUUUCGACUACGAUCGCUUCUCCAAGCACGACGUCAUCGGCGAGGUGAAGCUGCCCAUGAACACCAUCGACCUCGGGCGUCCCAUCGAGGAGUGGCGGGACCUGGAGAGCGCCGAUCAAGAGGAGCCUGAGAAACUGGGGGACAUCUGCAUCUCCCUGCGUUACGUCCCCACUGCCGGGAAACUCACUGUCUGCAUACUGGAGGCCAAGAACCUGAAAAAGAUGGAUGCCUGUGGAUUAUCCGACCCAUAUGUGAAGAUCCAGCUGCUGCAGGGGGGUAAGCGUCUGAAGAAGAAGAAGACAACGGUGAAAAAGAACACCCUUAACCCAUACUACAAUGAAUCAUUCAGCUUUGAAAUCCCACUGGAACAGAUGCAGAAAAUCCUCGUGGCCGUUACGGUAUUCGACUACGACAAGAUCGGCAAGAACGACGCAAUCGGCAAGAUCUUUGUGGGCAGCAAGUCCACCGGGCUAGGUCUUAAGCACUGGUCCGACAUGCUGGCCAACCCACGCCGCCCCAUUGCCCAGUGGCACCCUUUGCAACCGGAGGAGGACAUCGACGGUCAGCUUGCCUCCUUGGCGGCCAAGAAGUAACCUGGAAAGCCAACUAACCAUUGAAGCCCUUCGUUCAAUUACUGAAACUUUGCAUGACCUAACCCAACUUGUCAGGAAAGCUGCUCAGCAAAAGACUCAGUAGAAUAGAUUCAGUUUGGGUUUCAAGGCAUCCCAUCUCGCAUAUUAGUGUCUGCUUACCGAGUGACCUGACUUGAUUUUCUUUCAAGAUUCUUCUAGACUGAAGUCUGAGCUGAAUUAAAGCUUGGUUUUAAUUGGUAGAGCAUGCUUUGCCCACAUGUCAACGGCUUUGCACAUCUCACGUAUCAUGGCAUCAAUUUGCAAACAGCGGUGGAAUAGUAGGUUUUAGGUCUGCUAUAGAAUCGUAUUGUUCAUGUCACCAAGGUGGCUUGCCCAUCUAUGCAUUUAGAUUGAAUGGUGGAUGCUUUGACUGUUCAACAUCUGUUUCAAAACUGAGUGAAUGUCAACAAGAAGUAGGCAGUUACACUGUUAUUGUGCCAACUGAAACGACCGCAUGGAUGUAAAACCUGACUCACCUUAAACUGAGCAUACAUACUUCUUUUUUUCCUUUGGGCUUGUCCCUUUAGGGGUCGCCACAGUGCGUCAUCCUUUUCUAUGUAAGCCUAUCUCCUGCAUCCUCCUCUCGAACACCAACUGCCCUCAUGUCUUCCCUCCUGACAUCCAUCAACCUUCUCUUUGGUCUUCCUCGAGCUCUCUUGCCUGGCAGCUCCAUCCUCAUCAUCCUUCUACCAAUAUACUCACUAUUUCUCCUCUGGACGUGUCCAAACCAUCGAAGUCCGCUCUCUCUAACUUUGUCUCCAAAACAUCGAACCUUGGCUGACCCUCUGAUGAGCUCAUUUCUAAUAUUAUCCAACCUAUCACUCCGAGAGCGAACCUCAACAUCUUCAUUUCCGCCACCUCCAGCUCUGCUUCCUGUUGUCUCUUCUGUGCCACUGUCUCUAAUCCGUACAUCAUGGCUGGCCACACCACUGUUUGAUAAACUUUGCCCUUCAUCCUAGCAGAGACUCUUCUGUCACAUAACACACCUGACACCUCCCUCCACCCAUUCCAACCUGCUUGCACCCAUUUCUUCACUUCCUGACCACACUCACCAUUGCUCUGGACGGUUGACCCCAAGUAUCUAAAGUCCUCCACCCUUGCUAUCUCUUCUCCCUGUAGCCUCACUCUUCCCCCACCACCCCUCUCAUUCAUGGACAUAUUUUCUGUCUUACUUCGGCUAAUCUUCAUUCCUCUGCUUUUCAGUACACGCCUCCAUCUUUCUAACUGUUCCUUCACCUGCUCCCUGCUUUCACUGCAGAUCACAAUGUCAUAUGCAAACCUCAUGGUCCACGGGGAUUCCAGUCUAACCUCAUCUGUCAGCCUAUCCAUCACCACUGCAAACAGGAAGGGGCUCAGGGUUGAUCCCUGAUGCAGUCCCACCUCCACCUUAAAUUCGUUUGUCACACCUACAGCACACCUCACCACUGUUCUGCUGCCCUCGUAUUAUUCUAACAUACUUCUCUGCCACUCCAGACUUCCGCAUGCAGUACCACAGUUCCUCUCUGGGUACUCUGUCAUAGGCUUUCUCUAGAUCGACAAAGACACAAUGUAGCUCCUUCUGACCUUCUCUGUACUUUUCCAUCAACAUCCUCAAGGCAAAUAAUCCAUCUGUGGUACUCUUUCUCGGCAUGAACCCAUACUGUUGCUCGCAAAUACUCACUUGUGUGUAUUUGGGGGAUUGGGUUUGGCAGGUACAUGUACUGUAAGUCUGAAAAUUGUUUUCAGCGACAAUGAUUGGUGGUCGCUGAACCAAUCAACCAUAAUUUCACAAACGCUGAGUUUACAGCAUACACAAAUCUCGCUACAAAGGUGUUGUCACCAGGAUUUACACUGCAUGGUUCAAGUGACACAAUUCUGAUUUUUUUUUUUUUUUUUUUUUUUUUUUUGCUCUCAAGUACCACAGUUGAAAUAUGUGCCAGGUUCCUAAUGCCCUAGUGGUUGGGGACCAUUGGUUUAAAGGUUUAAGUACCACCAUUUCGAUGCUCGUUUCAUUAGCCUGUGUAUGGCGUUUUACAUUGUAUGUUUGUAUUAAGCUAGCAGACUUUCGUAAGGCAAAGUUACUCAAUUUGGUUAAAUACAUAAUGUGUAAUUCUCUUUGUUUUAUGUUUAAUUUUCCAGUAAACCAGCUGGGAGUGGCAAUAAACAGCAUGAAGCAAGCAUUUGGCCCCUUUUUUUUGAAGAAUUGUUCACUGCUAAACUGCUGCUUGCUGUCACCAUCUAGCGCUCAUACCUCAAAUUUUUGCUAGCAACUCAAGACAAAAAAUUGCCCGAGCAACGGCUCAUAUCUUGAAAAACUUGAGGUACCACUGUAUUAUUGUUUAGUUACUCUGUGGUCACUGCCCGGUGUUGACACUUGUGGAGUUACUAACAUGUUUAUUGGCGUCUGCGCAUGCAGGUUAAUGUGUUUGGUGAAUGUAAAUGCAGUCAUAUCAGAUAAACGUCACAAAAAACUGAUAAAUGAAUUAAAUUGGAAUUGGGCACUUGAACCUGCAGUGUAAAUCUAGCUAAUCCUAUCCCAAUUCUGGGGCUGCAUUCCUUAUCUUUCACAGUCAUACAAUUUCCAUAGAUUGUUUGCACACCGCCACAAAAACUUCUAAUUUCUGUUAAAAUAUGUGAUGCUAGCAAAUCCAACAAGUGGCUAAUGAACAUUAUGACGUAAAGUAUAGGUGGAAACAACGAGGAGAUCCAACCCCCUAAGGCUAGAUCAUCUUAUUUAACAAGUGUUAAAGUGGCUAGAUCGGAUGCUCUGCUACUACGCUACUAUAUCUUUGAGUUUGUGGCACACAUUGAGGCACAAACAAUAAGAGAUUAGCAUUGUUUUGUUGUUAGCGUCAUUUGACGCACUAGACUUUUUCUACUGUUGGCACCCUCCAUCCAUCCAUCCAUCCAUUUUCUACCGCUUAUCCGAGGUCGGGUCGCAGGGGCAGUAGUUUUAGCAGGGACGCCCAGACUUCCCUCUCCCCAGCCACUUCAUCCAUUUCUUCCGGGGGGAUCCCGAGGCAUUCCCAGGCCAGCCGUAGGAUGUAGUCUCUCCAGCGUGUCCUGGGUCGUCCCCGGGGUCGCCUCCCGGUGGGAGACGCCUGGAACAUCUCACCAGGGAGGCGUCCGGGAGGCAUCCGAAUCAGAUGCCCCAGUCACCUCACCUGGCUCCUCUCGAUGUGGAGGAGCAGCGGCUCUACUCUGAGAUCCUCCCAGAUGACCGAGCUUCUCACCCUAUCUCUAAGGGAGAGCCCGGACACCCUGCGGAGGAAACUCAUUUCGGUCGCUUGUAUCCGGGAUCUUGUUCUUUCGGUCACGACCCACAGCUCGUGACCAUAGGUGAGGGUAGGAACGUAGAACGACUCCAGAGUGGAAGAGAGUCCAACCCCUCUCGAGAGGACUGGUAUCAGAGCCCAAGCUGUGCGUGGAGGCGAGUCCGACUAUAUCUAGUCGGAACUUCUCGACCUCACACACCAGCUCGGGCUCUUUCCCUGCCAGAGAGGUGACAUGUCCUGAGAGCCAGCUUCUGUAGCUGGGGAUCGGAUCGCCAAGGUCCCUGCCUUCGGCCUCGCACCGCACCCGACCCCGGUGGCCCCUCCCACAAGUGGUGAGCCCAUGGGAAGGGGGACCCACGUUAGCCUUUCGGGCUGUGCCCGGCCAGGCCCCAUGGGGCCAGGCCCGGCCACCAGGUGCUUGCCUUCGAGCCCCACCUCUAGGUCUGGCUCCAGAGGGGUGACCCACGUCCGUGCAAGGGAAACCUGAGUCCAUUUUUUGUCGUCAUCAGAAGGGGUCUUUGAGCCGUGCUUUGUCUGGUCCUUCACCUAGGACCUAUUUGCCAUGGGUAACCCUGACAGGGGCAUAAAGCCCCAGACAACUUAGCUCCUCGGAUCAUUGGGACACACAAACCCCUCCACCACGAUAAGGUGACGGCUCAAGGAGGGGCUGUUGGCACCAGUUUUGAAAUUACAUCAUCAGCAUCUACAGGACUUAAAUGCAACAACACAAACCCGAAUGUUGAGACAACACAUGCAAAUUCAACAGCGUAUGCGAAGCUUAAGUGAGCUAGUCGGAUCGGAACAAACAAAAGAAACAGUUUUAAUUUAGCUGUUGUCCCGCAAACUGAUUUAUUUCUCGGUAAUUAAGAGUUGUACACUUUCCAAGCUCAAAGUUUUCCUGGCAAGUACUUUAAACGUUUAUAGACAUCUUGAGACGUGUCCAGGGCCAUUUUGCUUGCGCCACCUUCCCCCAAAAAACUAAACAAAACAAGUGGCGGAAUGUAGCAUGCCUUGUAGCGUUUCAUGGUCGUUACUGAAACGCUCUUCUUAUCAAAAGCCAAAGAGCCCAAAACACCAACCAAAACAAAAACAAGACUAGAUGUCGCACUAGAGAUUCACGCUAAAGCAAUAGCCUAAAAGCGCUGCCUUACGCUUUUUGCGCCGACCAUUUUGUCGCGGGAAUCGCCCACGGUUUGCGUCCAUCGAGCUCAUUUGUUAAUAGGCUACAGCAAGUAUGUAUGUUGUACAACAAAAUGUAAAUACUAGCAUGUUUGCCAACAAUGUUAUUAUGUUGUGUUUUGUGUCCUUGUGUCAUUUUUUUGAUAAUAAAACAGCUGAAGAAAAUAUGCUUCACAGAUUGGAUGUAUGAUUAAUAUGCUGCCAUGCUACCCAUUCUGUUACAGCUGUCCUUUAGGUUUCUGCCUAUAAAUGAUAGAAUGCAGUGGAAGUGGUUAAAAAAACGGAUCAUGAAGAAACAUAAGCCCAAAAAAAUCAGAAAUUGAUGAGAAACAAAUGUCCCAUUUGUACCAAACUGUCCAAUAAAAUCCCCUAUUAUAUCCCA